AUGGCGACAUUCCUGACGCAUGCCUUCAGUUUCCGGCUGACGGCACGCACCAUGAACCACUGGUGCCGGCCACCAGACCACCUUUCCAACCUGAGCGACGUCACCUGGAAGGAGCUGGCCAUCCCCACCGACGAUAAGGGCAACCGCAGCAGGUGCACGAUGCUCGACCCUCCCGACACCGGCGACGCGUCGGCCGUUCUCGUGCCGUGCUCGUCGUGGAAGUUUGACCUGGAGGAGUACGGCGACACCAUCGUAAGCAAGUGGAGCCUCGUCUGCGACCGAAAAUGGCUGCUCACGCUCGCUUUAACGUUGUACGCCACUUCGCCCGUCGUCUGGCUACCGAUGGUCGGCAUCGCCGCCGACACGUUCGGCAGGAAGGGCGUCACCUACAUCUCGGUGCCCGUGCUCGUAGUGGCCGCAGCCGGCAGCAGCAUGACCAACUCGUUCGCGCUCUUCGUCGUGAUGCGCAUUGUCGUCUCCGUGACGUCAACGUCUGUGCUUGUCCUCGUUUACACGCUCCUCUACGAGGUGUCAUCUCCCGGACGACGGAUGGUGUACUGGCUCACCAGCUCGGCCCUGGCCUACAUUAGCCUCCCGCUCUUCUUCUUCAUGGCCAAUACACUCAAGCUCAGCUGGGACAGCGUAUACCGCUUCCUCGCGGCGAUGACCUGCGUGCUCUUGGUCUUCUUCUACACAGUGGACGAGUCGCCCCGCUGGCUUCUCGUGAAGUGGAAGAUCCACAAGGCAGAGCGCGUCGCUCUCAGGGCUGCACGACUCAAUGGCAUCCCGAUGCAAGAGUGUCUCGGUAAGCUCGACAUGGGAGGAGCCGAAUUACCCAAAGUGGAACCCGGACUAAAGGGCAAGAUUUUCACCAUUUGUGAACCAAACUUGAGGAGCCGCACUGCCCUGCUGUCCUUUAUUUGGCUUGUCUUCACCUGCGCCUACAACGUGGUAAACCUAACUCGCAUAAUUUCCCCGAACAUCAUAGUGUCUGUGGUCAAUAUUGUUCUAAUUGGCCCCGCACAGUUACUGCUGUACCCGUGCGUGCGCAACUUUGGUGUGAAGCGCACGGCUGUCGUAAUCAGUGUGGCUUUUACUUUGUUGGCACUUGUUCUCGCCUUGUUGUACAGGGAGCAGCAAGCACUUCUGUUAACCAUUGUACUGGUGAUUAUGCGAGUCUUGAUUGAGAUGCUCGCCCUACUGAUAUCAAUAAUGUCGAUUGCGACCUUUCCGACCUCUACGCGCUGUUGGGGAGCUUGCGUGCUCUUUGCCUUGGGUCGCCUGGGAUCGUUCACAGGCCUCAUGUACACUGCAUACGAAGAGGACCACAGGAAGGACAUCGUCUUGUGUGUUAUGGCUGCCUUCAUGAUACUCGUGUGCGGUGCGAUCGAGUGCAUGCCAGAAGACGCUGACGAUCGUUCAUGGAAGGUGUCCACUGCCGGCACUCGAAGUGCCGCAUCGUCGCGGUAUUGCGAGUCUUCGGCAGAAAACAUGUCACGACGGCAGGGAGGUUCCGCGUCGGCGUCGAGGAAAGAACUUUCUUCCACGUCAGUGAUAGACCAGGGUCAGAGACCGUUGAAGACACGUACCAGCCCCACGAUGCAAGCGCGUGGAAGUGAUCAAAAGGUUGUUCCUGGUCGACGUGCCUCAAACCUACGGUUCUCUCCUUCGCUAGGCCCUGCACAGUGA